UGCAACCAACAUAAUGCUGAAGCUCCCAACUUGGAACAAGCAUUUCACAGAAUGGCACAAACAGAACCUAAUCUGGACCAUGAUGUAUCAUGGUUCCUCCUUCCAUCAUACUGGGCUAAAAUGGUUGUGGCAUUAAUUUCCUUCCUCUGUUUUGCUAACAGCUAUGAUGGAGAUUUUGUCUUUGAUGAUUCUGAAGCCAUCAUCAAUAAUAAGGACCUCAGGGCAGAAACCCCACUUGGUGACCUGUGGCAUCAUGACUUUUGGGGUAGCAAACUCAGCAGCAAUACCAGUCAUAAGUCAUAUCGACCACUAACUGUCCUAACUUUCAGAAUUAAUUACCUUUUUGCUGGAGGCUUCUACCCGGUUGGUUUCCAUGUCAUCAAUAUAAUACUGCAUUGUACUAUCUCAGUGUUGAUGGUUGAUGUGUUCUCGAUUUUGUUGGGUGGACUGCAAUUCAGUAAUAAAGGAAGAAGGCUAAACCUGGCUCCAAAGACAUCUCUUCUAGCUGCUUUGCUGUUUGCUGUACAUCCAGUGCACACCGAAUGUGUUGCUGGGAUUGUUGGCAGAGCAGACCUACUGUGUGCCCUGUUCUUUUUGUUGUCAUUCCUUGGCUACUGUAAAGCAUUUAGAGAAAAUAAGGAAGGACAUAAUUUUUCUAUAUUCUGGGUGCUGGUGAGUGUUAUCCUGGGUGCAAUAGCCAUGCUGUGCAAAGAACAAGGAAUUACAAUACUGGGUUUGAAUGCAGUGUUUGAUGCACUGGUGAUUAACAAACUAAAUGUUUUGGAGCUUAUUCAAAAGUUACUACAUAAGGACAAGUCAUUGGAGAAUGUUGGGCUGUUAAGAAAGGGGCUGCUUUUCAGGAUAACUCUUCUGAUGUCUGGAGGGGCCAGUAUACUUUAUAUACGCUGGAGGAUUAUGGGCACAGGGCCACCAGCUUUCACGGAAGUAGACAACCCGGCUUCAUUUGCAGACAGUCUGUUUGUGAGAGCUAUAAACUAUAAUUACUACUAUUCGUUGAAUGCGUGGUUGCUGUUGUGUCCCUGGUGGCUGUGUUUUGAUUGGUCAAUGGGAUGCGUACCCCUCAUUAAAUCCGUCAGUGACUGGAGGAUAAUUGCACUAGCAGCACUUUGGUUCUGCCUAAUUGGUCUGAUAUGCCAAGCUCUGUGCUCAGAAGACAGCCAUAAGAGAAGAAUUCUCACACUGGGACUCGGAUUUCUUAUUAUCCCUUUUCUUCCUGCAAGUAACCUGUUCUUCCGAGUAGGAUUUGUUAUUGCAGAGAGAGUCAUCUACCUCCCCAGUAUUGGAUAUUGUAUUCUGUUUACAUAUGGAUUUAGUCUCUUGAGUAAGCAAGCCAAGAAAAAGAAAAUUCUUGCUGUGGCAGUACUUGGAAUCUUGUUGAUAAAUGUUAUGCGCUGUGCACUCCGCAGCAGUCAGUGGAGGUCAGAAGAACAGCUUUUUAGGAGUGCACUCUCUGUGUGCCCUCUGAAUGCAAAAGUGCACUACAAUGUUGGCAAAAAUCUGGCUGACAAAGGAAAUCAAAGUGCUGCAAUCAAAUACUACAGAGAAGCUGUAAGGUUGAAUCCUAAAUAUGUACAUGCCAUGAACAACCUUGGAAAUAUUCUGAAAGAAAGAAACGAGCUCCAAGAAGCAGAGGAGUUGCUGUCCUUAGCUGUACAAAUACAACCUGAUUUUGCUGCUGCAUGGAUGAAUCUAGGGAUAGUACAGAACAGUUUAAGGAGGUUUGAAGAGGCAGAGCAAAGCUACUGGACAGCAAUUAAACACAGGAAAAAAUAUCCAGAUUGUUACUACAAUUUAGGGCGAUUGUAUGCAGAUUUGAAUCGCCAUAUAGAUGCAUUGAAUGCAUGGAGGAAUGCUACAGUUCUGAAACCAGAGCAUAGUUUGGCUUGGAACAAUAUGAUUAUAUUGCUUGAUAACACAGGCAAUCUAGCUCAAGCAGAAGCAGUUGGAAGAGAGGCCCUGGAAUUAAUACCUAAUGAUCAUUCCCUUAUGUUUUCAUUGGCAAAUGUACUGGGGAAGUCGCAAAAAUAUAAGGAAUCUGAAGCUUUGUUCCUCAAGGCAAUUAAAGCCAAUCCAAAUGCUGCCAGUUAUCAUGGUAAUUUGGCUGUGCUUUAUCAUCGCUGGGGAAAUCUUGACUUAGCAAAGAAGCACUAUGAAGUCUCUCUGAAGCUUGAUCCUAUGGCACCCGGGACCAAGGAAAACUACAGCCUCUUAAGAAGAAAACUGGAGCAAUUGCAAAAGAAAGGCGGUGCCUGAUGUUUCUUUUCAGGUUGUCCGUGCAUGCUGUUUACAAUUAAUGUUACAUGGGUACUUUUGACCAUGUAAAGGAUCCGGUCAUUAUUUCUCAAAAAUAACACCACCACCAGCACUGCACACUUGAAUGUCCAAUUAUGCCCUCCUACAGAUCCCAACAUUUCAGCUGCAUUUGGGGGAUCAUUUUAUUUUUACUCUUGAACUGCUUUUAAAGUCCCUUAGAACAUUUUUAUAGGUAUGUGAAAGCAACACAGAUGGAGUUUCACAGCUUUCACUUGUAAUUUGAUAUCUUCACCUGACUUUUUAGUAGCAGGAAGAAUAUCAGAAGGCAGUUUUAUUUCUGAAAGCGAUUCUGAAAACAGUGCAAUUUCCUGUUUAAAUCCUGAUCCUUUAAAGUACAAAAAGUACCUGUCCACUUCAGUUUUAUUACUGCCUUCUACUGCCAAUCCUGCAGAGCCAGAGGAAGAAUGGAUUCUCUCCCGUCUACUCUUGUAAUUUGAGUUAUGCCCUUGUUCUUGUUUCUGGCUUUGAAGUGUCAGACUUGUCCAGGAGUAAGUGAGGACAAGGAUUUGACCAUAAACGUUUGUCAGCCAGUGGGCUGCUGAGGCAUGCUCAAGUGGAGAAAAUACUCUUAGAUUAAGACAGAGAUUUUAGCAAGCAGUAAAGGGAAAAGAAGUGUGAGGUGACAGAGGAGUCAGCUAGAUUUUCUGUUCUUGCAGGCAGCCUCAUCUAGCACAGACAACUUGGGCAACAAGUCAGAAUUGCUUUAGCUCCUGCUGCAGGUCAGUGGUCUAAAUACAGUUUAGCCCCUACAGUUCUCCUCCUGUGUUUUCAGGCAUUUCAGUCCUUUCUGGUUAAGGACAUUACACCUUUCAGCUCCUGUAUGGCUGGUGAAUAAGGAGAGAAUUGCUGUAAAAAAAAAAAAAAGUGACUGGGCAGAGCACCUGACCUUGGCUGUUGAUAUAUUAACUGGAAGGAACUCAGAUUCACCUUUGUCUCCUGUGGCUUGUGGUUUUGCUGAAAUGGCAGUUAAAUAAGCAUAGCUGUUAAUGCAUAAACCGGUCGCAUUGAUGUGGAACGAUUCAGAGAUGGUACACAUUGAUACAAUGUCACUUUUCCAAAUGUGCUGUGCUUUAAUACACGUUUAAACUCUGGCUGUCCAGAGGUGUUUGUCUUGUGCUAAUAUUUACAUUCUUGCUUCAGGAAGAAGUCAUGUGUCUAUUUAUUUGUUGUU